AUGGGCGAGUUCUCAACGACUAUCCUGGGGAUCGCCCGUUCUAUAUAUCGCAAGAGAGCGGUUGCGUCGCAAGGUGGCCUGCUGGACGGACAGGACCCUUCGGAUUUCAACCCUUCAGAUCCAUUGCGAUUAUUCAUCAUUCAGCUCGGAGUAAUCCUAUUAAUGACCCAGCUGCUCUCCUUGUUCCUUCGGAGGAUGAAGCAGCCAAGGGUCAUCGCGGAGAUUAUCGGAGGUAUUUUGCUGGGGCCAACUGCAUUUGGGCGCAUACCUGGUUUUACGCAGCAUAUCUUUCCCGCCCAGUCCCUGCCAUACCUCUCGCUUGUGGCCAAUAUUGGCCUUUGCAUGUUCCUAUUCCUGGUCGGCCUGGAAAUCGACGGCGCUAUUGUCAAGCGCAACGCCCGCAUGUCAGCUGUCGUCGCGCUGGCAGGCAUGAUUCUCCCUUUCGGUCUUGGGGCGGCACUUUCCGUUCCACUGUAUCACACAUUCAUAGAUCAGAGCGUCAAGUUCACCAACUUUAUGCUUUUCACCGGAGUAGCGUAUUCGAUCACCGCCUUCCCCGUACUGUGCCGCAUCCUCACGGAGCUCAAGCUGCUGGACACCACGGUUGGCAUCGUCGUACUCUCUGCUGGCGUAGGAAACGACAUCGUUGGCUGGACGCUCCUUGCACUGAGCGUCGCUUUAGUGAACGCUGGGUCGGGGCUGACGGCACUGUGGAUCCUACUCUGCUGUUUAGGAUGGGCACUCCUUCUCUUAUUUCCUGUCAGGAAGAUCAUAUAUUGGCUGGCGAGGCGAACAGGUUCUAUUGAGAACGGACCCACAAUGUUCUUCAUGACUAUUACGGUACUCCUGCUCUUCGGUUCAGCCUUCUUCACUGAUGUCAUUGGGGUCCAAGCUAUAUUCGGUGCUUUUUUGGCGGGUCUCAUCGUCCCCCGUGAAGGUGGGUUGGCUAUUGCUCUGACGGAGAAGCUGGAAGACAUGGUAUCGAUAGUAUUCCUACCCAUUUACUUCACCCUCUCAGGCUUGAACACAAACUUGGGUCUUUUAAAUAACGGUAUCACUUGGGGAUAUACUAUUGCGAUUUGCGCACUCGCAUAUACCGGCAAGUUCGGUGGAUGUACACUUGCAGCUAGGUUUGUUGGCUUCUCAUGGCGCGAAGCAAGCACUAUCGGAUCAUUGAUGAGUUGCAAGGGUUUGGUGGAACUGAUUGUCCUGAACGUGGGCCUUUCUGCAGGCGUCCUCUCGCCGCGCGUGUUCUCUAUGUUUGUCCUGGAAGCCAUCCUUCUUACCUUCUGGACUACACCCGCUGUCCUUAAGCUCUACCCGCCUGAGAAGCGCAUCCGUGUCUCCGCUACCGGUGGUCUACAUCAUCCCAUUCCGAAGGGUCCAGAGUCAGCUGCGGAGAGGUCUGAAGCAGCUUCUACUCAGGAGAAGCUUAUCGGCAGUGAUGAGCUGGAUAGAAGGACGCGAUUUACAGUCAUUUUGGACAGGAUCGAGCAUCUCCCGGGUAUGAUGGCGCUCACACAAUUGCUCCAGCCGCCGCCUCCGGCGUACGCUGAGAAGGGAGGUUUACAGUCCCUCUCGACAUCAGAAACCAAUAUCACGGUGAGGCCUCUGCGGCACGAGGCAUCGCAAGGCGUGUCGGUAGAUGCCCUCCGCCUGAUCGAGCUCUCCGACCGCACAUCCGCAGUGAUGAAGUCUUCAAACCCGGAUAUGGUCAACACGGACCCACUCCUGAACAUAUACCGCACAUUUGGCGACCUGAACGGUAUUACCGUCAAACCGGAUCUCGCUAUCGUCACGUAUGACAACCUAGCAUCUAGCGUAGCAGAGCACGCGCUGAGGAAUAAAUCUCAGCUCGUGCUUGUGCCAUGGUUUCCCUCGCAGUACAACUCCGACCAAACGCAAGCCGCCGGGUCCGACGCGAACGUGUUGGACACAAUGGCGGCGCGUUCCCCUAACCCUUACAAUCCGUUUGAGUCGCUCUUCAGAGCGACCUCGCCGGUGGACAAGUCUACGUCCGUACUCCACGCGCAGUUCGUGCGCAGCAUAUUCUCGCAGUGCAGUACUGACGUUGCCCUGUUCAUCGAUCGGCACUAUCCUCGGGAGCGCACCACCAGCUGCGGGUACCACCUCUUCGUGCCGUUCUUCGGUGGCCCGGACGACCGUGCGGCCCUCGAAUUCGUCGUGCAGUUGUGUGCACACCCACGCGUCUCCGCGACCGUCGUACGACUAGUAAGACAAGAGUUGGACCUCGCGCGGUGCAGCUCUAUCGAGAAGCCGGAAGCUGCGCAUCUUGACGCCGAUGGGCGUGCUGCUGAAGCGAAUAUUCGGGAGAACAUGUUGACAGUGAACACGAGCACCUUGUUUCCUGACACAGUAUAUGGCAACGCGACGACACAGACACGGCUCCAGUCCGAAACCGCUGACAACGUCUUAUGGAAUCGGCACGCCAGCCAUAUACCCGUCCCCGACAGCGUAUUCUCUGCAGCACUGUCCCGAGUUGAAUUCACCGAACUACGGACGACGACUCCCCUGCGAUCUGUCGUAGACUACGCCAGUAAUCUCCCGCGGGCAGCUGAGGAGCGCCACCGCAGACCGCUGGUCAUUACGGGGCGUUCCCGCAGGCUUGCGGUGGAGAACCAUGCUGCGGAGCUGAAGCAGAUCACGGACGAACAUGGCGGCGUUGGCAACGAGGUCAAGAAGACGCUUGGCGACGUGGCGACGGCACUCAUCGUGUCGGGAUGCCAGGCCGGUGUUCUCGUUCUGCAGGCGGCGAACGAACCUAUCGACUGA